ACGCAUAUCACAACCCAUGAAUUCAUUUCAGAUUGUUCGCUCCGUAAGUACAUCGUUCACUAUGCUGGUAAGAUUCUUUUUCCUCGUUGUCCUGUGUUCCAUCUCUCGGGCGGCGGAUCCGACCCCAUGCUGCAUUCCUCAACAGUUCAAAGCGCGCAUGUUCUCCUUGUCCGCCGUUCUCACUGCAGGAUCAACUAACCCGGUCAUCGACGACGAUGUCAUCCAGCUUACGUAUGACUUCACGCACCAGCAGACGCGUCUGGAUGGUCAGACCCUCAUAGAUCCGGCCACCGGGGCCAGGGCCAACUACACGAUCUACAACGACUAUAAAAACCACCAUACGUACACGAUCAAGGGCGGAGUAUGCAGCCAGACAGCCCUGAAUCAGCCCCUGGUCCCUCCCUGCAUCCCAGCAAACUUCACGUACGGCGGCACCUACAGGGUCGGCUCCUCUGCCAGCAACACGCAGGUACAGAUCUGGAGUGGCACCUAUCUGGGAACGCUUUGGAUGAACACGCAUGUGUCCGACCAGAAUUGCGCACCCGUCUCUGUCAAUUUCUUUGGGGACGCUCCCGACGGCAGUGCUAAACUGCUGACGUCAUACCAGUUCUUAGACGUUAGAAGUGACGUCACCUUACACGAAAGCGACUUCAGGCGACCGGAUGAGUGCAAACACGGCGAUGCAGCUGUUGGAAAGUGACCGACGCAUGUAGGGCUGGUUUCGCAAUGUCUUUGUUUGGUAGUGGUUCAAAUAAAAUUAUAAUAUUUGCUCAGGAA